AUGGCAUCGCUCGACGAGCACCCUCCGAUAAUGGAGGCUCCCAUAUCACCGUCGACGGCCUCGAUGGACCCCUUCAAGUCUCAUCUCGUCGCCCUUUUGUCCGUUUAUGAGCUUGGGCCAUUCCCAGGCACCCCGAUACCCCGAUACGAGGGGCCGUCCGACUGGCAGACGGAGACCAUCUUGCGCUCGCUGGCUGCUGUUGCGCGUCGCAUGGAGAUUGCGGAGGAUACCGUGGCAGCAUUCAAGGAGGCGGAGGAGCAGAAGGAGGAGGAGGAGGAAAUGUCGGAGAGCAGCGCCCACUCGUCUGCGUACGCGACGCCCGACGAGAAGCCAGUAGGAAACCAACGGGCGAACGGGAUGUCUAUCUCGCUCGACAGCAUCCAGUCAUCCAUAGAUCCGUCCAAGGUGUUUUCGCGGGCUUACGGGAAGGCAGCUCGCGCCCAAGCAAGCAGCAACGGUUACAAUUCAGCACCUCCAACCUCACAUGCCCAGUGCCCAACAUGCGGAAAGGCUAUUUCGGAUCCACUCUUCCUUUACAACACCGCCCCCUCCUCGGAAGACACGCCCCUCGGCUCCAGCGGCUCCAGUCCCCUCCUCAUCCCUAUGGGUCCCCUCGCCCAUGCGGCCUUUGAAAGCGGUAUGAGCGCUGUCGAGGAACUCAGGCUCCUCAAGGCUCAGGUUCAGGACGUCGCUCGUGUCUGCAACGCGGUCGCAAGAGGCGAUCUUAGUCAGAAAAUCACGGUUCCGGUACAGGGUGUGGUCAUGGUUCAGCUCAAGGACGUUAUCAAUACGAUGGUCGACAAGCUUGGCCAAUUCGCAAAGGAAGUUACACGUGUAUCCCAGGAGGUCGGAACUGAAGGAAAACUUGGUGGCCAAGCGCUUGUUCUCGACGUCGAGGGCACAUGGCGCGAACUUACCGGCGUCGUCAACAAACUCGCUGCAAAUCUUACAUCUCAGGUGCGGUCGAUCGCCAAAGUGACGAAGGCUGUCGCGUUGGGGGACCUCAGCAAACAAAUCGAAGUUGACGCGCGAGGCGAAAUACUCGAUCUAAAGAACACGGUAAACGGAAUGGUCGUCAGAUUACGGGCACUGGCAGCGGAAGUCACACGGGUCACACUGGAAGUCGGAAGUCAAGGAAAACUAGGAGGACAAGCGCACGUACCAGACGUUGAGGGAGUAUGGCUAAAUUUGGUUCGGAAUGUCAAUCGGAUGUGUUCAUCGCUCACGGAUCAAGUGCGGUCGAUUGCAGUUGUUACGACUGCAGUCGCCCGAGGCGAUUUGACACAGAAGAUCGAAAUAUCUGUUGAGGGCGAGAUGUCUACCUUGAAAAGCACUGUCAAUUCGAUGGUGGACCAAUUGUCAGCUUUCGCAUCUGAAGUAACUCGAGUCGCGUUGGAGGUUGGAACACAGGGGAUCUUGGGUGGCCAGGCCAAAGUCGAGGGUGUGCAAGGGACGUGGGCUGAUUUGACGCGCAACGUUAACAAAAUGGCCUCAAAUUUGACCGAUCAAGUGCGAUCUAUCUCGGAAGUCACCAAGGCUGUCGCCCUAGGCGAUUUGAGCAAGCUCGUCGACGUCGAUGUUCAAGGAGAGAUGCUGGAUCUUAAGAUGACCGUCAACUCCAUGGUCGCUCAAUUGAGUACCUUGGCUAACGAAGUCACUCGUGUCAGCUUGGAAGUCGGAACGGAGGGUAUUUUGGGUGGCCAGGCGUUCGUUCCUGAUGUUCAAGGAAUGUGGAAGGUCUUGACCGAUAACGUCAACCUGAUGGCCAUGAACUUGACCAACCAAGUGCGAUCGAUUGCUGCAGUUACGAAGGCCGUCGCUGGUGGCGAUUUGACCAAGAAGAUCGAAGUCGAUGUCCGCGGAGAAAUUCUCGAGCUGAAGGAGACCGUCAACGGCAUGACAGAGAGCUUGAGCGUGUUUGCUGACGAAGUCACGCGUGUCGCCAGAGAGGUCGGAACGGAAGGUCGUUUGGGUGGCCAGGCUAGGGUGACGAAUGUUGGUGGAACCUGGAAGGAUCUAACGGAUAAUGUCAACAUCAUGGCUAACAACUUGACACUGCAAGUGCGGACAAUCGCUGUCGCUACGACUGCUGUGGCUCGCGGAGAUUUGACCCAGAAGAUUACUGGAGUAUCGGUGUCGGGCGAGAUGUUGAGUUUGGUCAACACCAUCAACGACAUGAUUGACCAGUUGGCUAUCUUCGCCGCUGAGGUGAAGAAGGUCGCCCGGGAAGUCGGAACGGAAGGCAAACUUGGUGUCCAAGCUGAGGUCGGCAACGUUCAGGGUAUCUGGCAAGAAAUCACUCUCUCUGUGAACACGAUGGCCGGCAACUUGACAACACAAGUACGAGGUUUCGCGCAGAUUUCGGCGGCGGCUAUGGACGGCGACUUCACUCGAUUCAUUACGGUCGAAGCCAGCGGGGAGAUGGACUCGUUGAAGACGCAGAUCAAUCAGAUGGUGUUCAACUUGCGAGACAGUAUCCAGAAGAACACGGCUGCCAGGGAAGCGGCCGAGUUGGCGAAUAGGAGUAAAAGUGAGUUCCUCGCGAACAUGUCGCAUGAGAUUAGAACGCCAAUGAAUGGUAUCAUUGGCAUGACCGAGUUGACUCUGGAUAGCGAUCUGAACAGAUCUCAACGCGAGAGCUUGCUCCUGGUCCACAGUCUGGCCCGGUCAUUACUACUCAUCAUCGAUGACAUCUUGGAUAUUUCGAAGAUCGAGGCUGGCAGGAUGACCAUGGAGGCCGUGUCUUAUUCACUCCGUCAAACUGUCUUCGGCAUCCUGAAGACACUGGUUGUUCGCGCAUCACAGAACAACCUUGACCUGACCUACGACGUCGAGCCCGACAUCCCCGACCAACUCAUUGGCGACUCGCUCCGUCUACGACAAGUCAUCACAAACUUAGUCGGCAACGCCAUUAAAUUUACGCCCUCCAAGGCAUCCCGGAAAGGUCAUGUCGCUCUCAGCUGCCGCUUGUUGGCGUUGGACGACCAGAGCGUUACAUUGGAAUUCUGUGUUACGGACACCGGUAUUGGUAUUGCCAAGGACAAGCUUAACCUCAUCUUCGACACCUUCUGCCAGGCCGAUGGCUCUACUACCCGAGAAUACGGUGGUACUGGUCUGGGUCUUUCCAUCUCGAAGCGGCUGGUGUCGCUCAUGCAGGGCAACAUGUGGGUGGAGAGCGAGGUCUCGAAGGGCAGCAAGUUCUUCUUCACCAUCACGUCGCAGAUCAGCCACUCGACAAUGGAGGCGACUUUGUCCAAGAUGGCGCCCUUCGCGAAACGCACCAUUCUCUUCGUUGACACGCUAUUCGACCACACCGGCGUUGUGGGCCGGAUAAAGGAGCUCGGAUUGCGACCGCAUGUCGUUCAUGAAGUCAGCGAAGUGUCCGACAAGGAGAAAUGUCCCCAUAUCGAUACUAUUGUGGUGGAUUCGAUACAAGUGACGGAAUCCAUCCGCGAAUUUGAACAUUUGCGGUAUAUUCCUGUCGUUCUCCUCGCUCCGUCAAUGCCGCGGUUGAACCUCAAAUGGUGCUUGGACAACAGCAUCAGCUCUCAGGUGACGACACCCGUCACUGCCCAGGACCUCUCUUCGGCUCUCGUUUCAGCACUUGAAUCCAACACCGUCAGCCCAGUAUCGGCUCCCAACGACGUCACCUUCGAUAUCUUGCUUGCGGAGGACAAUUUGGUCAACCAGAAGCUUGCCGUCAAGAUUCUUGAGAAGUAUGGACAUACAGUCGAGAUCGCAGAGAAUGGAAGUUUAGCCGUCGAUGCCUUCAAAGGGCGGGUUGCUCAAGGGAAACCUUUCGACAUCAUCCUCAUGGACGUGUCAAUGCCUUUCAUGGGCGGUAUGGAGGCUACGGAACUGAUUCGUUCCUACGAAAUGCAUAAAUGCUUGACGCCUACGCCCAUCAUCGCGCUGACUGCUCACGCCAUGAUUGGCGACAGAGAGCGCUGCUUGGAGGCUGGAAUGGACGAUCACAUCACAAAACCUCUUCGUCGUGGCGAUCUUCUAAAUGCCAUCAACAAGCUCGCAGGGGAGCGUGGCUCUCAAAAGCUCCUGCAUCUCCUGCGGCGACCGCACCCCAUCAGCCACAGUCAGAACUACUCAUAG